AUGGGAGCUUGUAUUGACGAUCUUGAACAUGCUUCAAUUUACCUCAAGCCUCGAAACGAUAGUGAGGAAAGCGAUGGAGAAGGCGGCCUGGGCAAUCUCAACCGUCUGAUAGUCCGUCCGCCUGGACACAGCGGGAAGGCGAAGCGUGGUCACCUCUGCUUCGAUGCCGCCUUCGAGUGUGGUAACCUUGGCCGGGCAGAUCAUAUCACAGAACUGGAGUACGACCUCUACAUCAGGCCAGAUACGUGUAGACCGCGCUCGAGAUUUUGGUUCAACUUUACUGUUGAAAAUGUGAAGCAAGACCAACGUGUUAUUUUCAACUUCGUGAACUUAGGGAAAGAGCACACUUUAUAUGAUGAUGACAUGACUCCAUUAGUGCAACGCAUUCCUCGUCGACUAGUUUUCUACCACCGCUCUCUGGUGCAUCGCGGCCGUAAGGUUCUAAGCAUAGCCUUUGGGUUCGAUAAAGAAGAAGACAUUUAUCAAUUUGCAGCAGCGGCGCCCUACUCAUAUUCAAGGCUACAAAAAUAUCUCACCUUUUGGGAAAAACGAGCGUUGUCGUUUGCUACAAGAGAGAGCAUAGCGCAGACUACACAAAAACGACACAUUGAUUUAAUUACCAUUGGAGAUUUAGUGCCAAAGGAGUGUGAAAAUAAAGACGAAACCAAUAUUAAAGGCAAACUAGGUGGAAACAAGAAACGGGUGGUCCUUAUUAUGGCUAGAGUACACGGCGGAGAACAGCCCUCUUCCUUUGUUUGUCAAGGUUUUCUGGACUACAUAAUAAGUUCUUCAGAAAAAGCAUUAGCUUUAAGAAAUGGAAUUGUUAUUCAGGUAGUGCCAAUGUUGAAUCCCGAUGGAGUGUUUCUCGGUAACCAGCGUUCUGAUUUGCUCGGGUCUGACUUGAACCGCUGCUGGCACAGAGCCACCACCUAUGCACAUCCCGCUCUUAUUGCAGUCAACGAACUUAUUCAGAAGAUCACUGCAGAAAAAACACUACAAUUGGAUUUUAUCAUCGACAUUCACGCCGACAUUAGUCACGAGGGCGUAUUAGUCCGUGGCAACUCCUACGAUGAUGUUUAUAGGUUUGAACGACACGCGGUGUUACCUAAGUUCCUGGGAAUGCGGGUGGAGGCUUGGAUGCAGGAAUCUUGUAUGUACAACAUGGAUUCGAAUGCGAUUGGAAGCGCACGUCGAUCCUUGCCAACUGGAACAAUCGAUGCCUACUCCUUGCUGGCUUCUUUCGGAGGGCGGCGCUUGACGCCCAGAGGACCGUACAUACAUUAUACUGAAGAUGCCUAUUUCAAGAUAGGAAGAGCUUUAGCCAAGGCAUUGUGUGAUUACUACCGGCACGUUGGCGUGAUUCCACCCCGUGAAGGUAUUUCCCCCAAGAAAAAGGAGUCGCGCAGGAAGCGUAGGCGAAGACCUGUGUAUGAAAGAGAAAGAUCCCCCAGUUCCUCGCCAGAAAGAAGGGUGUUGGCAGCACGCGUACUUUCUCCACCUCUGCCCGUUGCUUCACCCCCUGCGUUACGGUCAUUCCCCUCACGAACCGCUCGGAAUCUGGCGCAGAAAUCGCGGCCAAGGACCGUGUAUAUCAGCGAUAAUGUGCUUCCUAUCAUAACAGGUAAAGCAGUUCGGACUCCUCGGCUUGCAGUCGUUGACCUGAGCGCUUACAUCCGAACGCCCGCGUCUUUCCCCCGCCAUGGUGCUCGCCAACCAAAGCUGCGUACGUCUCGCACGCAGAGGCCACCGCAAGUUCGCCACACAAGCGAAGAGUAUGACACCCACGAUUCAGACUCUUAA